CUGCUCUCUGUGCGCAGGUCCGGAAGAGGUCGCCGGUAAACAACCCGCUGCCGCUCCGGUGUGAUGCUCCAUCGCUCCCAUCUCUUUCAUCACUUCGUCUGGUCCUUUACAUCCUGGAGUCCCUGGAGACAGACAUGCAGCAGUCCGUUCAUCUCUCUCUAUAACACCGACUCCACUGGAGGAGAUAAUCUCAUGUCCAAAAGAGAUAAAGCGGGGAAGAAGGGCAAAAAUGGAAAGAAUACACCCUGUGCUACGGAGACUCCGGCGGCGACGGUCCUCCCGGUGCCGGUGACCCGGGACAGGACCGGGGCGGUCACGGUGUCGGUGCACGCCAAACCGGGGGCCAAACACAACGCCAUCACAGACGUGUCUGAAGACGCGGUGGGCGUGGCCAUAGCGGCGGCCCCGACGGACGGCGAGGCGAACGCAGAGCUGCUGCGGUACCUGGCCCAGGUGCUGCAGCUGAAGAAGAGCCAGGUGGCCCUCGACAAGGGCUCCCGGUCCAGGAACAAGAUAGUUACCUUGGGGACGACACUCAGUCCGGAAGAGGUCCUGGACCGACUGAGGCAGGCCGCUAGCUGACCUUUGACCCCAGACUAACCAUCAGCCGACCCAGCCACCAUGUUGCCAUUGAUAAAGAAGCAGGAUAAUUAUUACAAGAUGGAACAAUUUGAAAAACAAGUGUCACAUAUGGAAGAAUAUCUUUGGAAAAUGCAAUAAAAAAAAUAUAUUGUUUGCUAUGCGAA